UAUCUUCUUCUCCAUUUGAAGAACUUGCCAUCUUCUCUGGAUCUCCUGAUAAACUUAGCUAAGAUAAAGAUAUAUCAACCACAACCGCCAUCUUUUCCGGCGACUCUUAACCGUCCAAUUUCGAAUCUUUGUACCCUUCAAUAAUUUCGUCAUUUCCUAUUUCCAAGGGAACUAAGAUAUAUCUGUGACUCGGAAACACCUGUAUUUCUUCGUAGUUGAAAUUUCCGGCUGUUGGCAUAGGAGAGAGUUGUGAAUUCGAGUAGGAGAAAGAAUCAGGGUGGGGUAAAACCCGGAUUAGACACAUUGCAGUCAUCACGGCUAUAUCCAGAGGUUCACGUAUAAUCUUUCAUGUCCGCUCUUUACGACGCAAGGGUAGUGUAAUUGAGAGGAACCCUGCGCCACACGGAGGACGUGGAGCUUUGCCUUCAGAAGGGGGGAGCCCUUCUGACCUGCUCUUUCUUGCCGGCGGUGGUCUUUUCGUGUGUUAGUAAAUAGUAGGUCUUUCGAUUAGCUGAAGUUGAUAUUUCACGUUCAUACAAUCUACGCUUUUGAAGUCUGUGUGUUACAUCUCUUGUUCGGGACAAUCUGUUGUUGUAUCGAAAAUUCAAAGAUGAUAUUGAAAAUCAAGAGGGUUCAUACUGUUGUUUCCAACUACCAAAGGGAGGAGACUGAAGGAGGCUGCGGCAGGAACUGCCUCCAGAAGUGUUGUAUUCAUGGUGCAAGGCUUCCAUUGUAUGCUUGCAAGAAGGUGAACAAGUUCUCUGAUAAGGAGUGUCAGGUUCCAUUCUUGGAUACUAUCCUACUUGGAGAGUGGGAGGAUCGUAUGCAGAAGGGUCUCUUCCGAUAUGAUGUCACUGCCUGUGAGACCAAGAUAAUUCCUGGGAAGUACGGAUUCAUCGCACAGCUGAAUGAAGGCCGUCAUCUGAAGAAGAGGCCUACUGAAUUUCGUGUUGACAAGGUCCUUCAGCCCUUUGAUGGUAACAAGUUCAACUUCACUAAAGUUGGACAGGAAGAGAUGUUAUUCCAAUUUGAAGCCAGUGAGGAAGAUGAAGCUCUGUUCUUCCCAGACAUUCCAAUUGAUAUUGAGAAUUCCCCUAGCAUUGUGGCCAUAAAUGUUAGUCCUAUUGAAUAUGGGCAUGUUCUGUUGAUCCCUAGGGUUCUUGAUUGCCUGCCUCAGAUGAUUGACAGGGAAAGCUUCUUCCUUGCUAUUCUUAUGGCAGCAGAAGCUGGAAAUCCUUACUUUCGCCUCGGUUACAACAGCCUUGGUGCAUUUGCCACCAUCAACCACCUUCAUUUUCAGGCUUACUAUUUAGCUGUUCCCUUGCCCAUCGAGAAGGCAUCUACCAGGAAGUUAGCGAUACUAAAAAACGCUGUCAGCAUUUCGUGUCUGCUAAAUUAUCCCGUCAGAGGUCUUGUUUUUGAAGGUGGACAUACCGUGGAAGAUCUUUCCAAUGCUGUAUCCGAUUCUUGCAUAUGCCUUCAGGACAACAACAUACCAUAUAACGUGCUGAUAGCGGACUCUGGAAAGCGCAUCUUCCUCUUACCUCAGUGGUAUGCGGAGAAACAGGCCCUUGGAGAAGUGAGUGGUGAGCAUCUGGAUACCCAAGUGAAUCCAGCAGUAUGGGAAAUUAGCGGGCAUAUGGUGUUAAAGAGAAGAAUGGAUUACGAGGAUGCAUCGGAAGAGAAUGCUUGGAGGCUUCUUGCAGAGGUCUCGCUUUCGAAAGAAAGAUUUGAAGAAGUUAAGGAACUCAUAUUUGGACAGGACGAUGAGCCAGAUAAGGCAGUGGCCAAGGGCUCACAUCAGUCCAUGGUGACUGAAAACCAAGAAUGUCUGAGUUUGUUUGGUUAAAUUCCUGCUAUUGAUGUUUGUAUGUGAGAAGCAUAAACUUAUUGUGUUCAACUAAAUAAGCGCAAACCAGAUUUGCUUGUUGUGUGCAUUUGUAAGUGUCAACUUUGCUGUCUUUCUGUCUGUGUAUCUAUUUGCUAUGUUUGUACUAUUACUUACUAUGUAAUGAUUCUAUUGUGGUAAUGAAAUUAAAUGUUUGGUAUG